GCAGUUGUUGUUGUCUCCCGACGCACGUGACACUUUGAUACUCUCAACGUUCACCUCCACCUUCACAACACAACGCCAUGAGCUCUACCUACAGGCAGGAUAUGCCCCCUCCUGGGGGAUUUGAGGCCAUCAAAUACAAGAGAAAUUUACCGUUUCGAGGGCCUGGUGGGUGGGUCAUUCUCGGCGGAGUAGCGGCAGUGUCUGCUUUUGGAUUUUAUCGAUACGGUCAGGGAGCACUGGAGAGACGGUAUGUUUUGUAUUUCCACCGACCGCUAUACGUCAGCUGGACGUAGAACGUGUUCCAUUAAUGCCCCGUACUUGAUUGAACGUGGCGAGGACCUGGUGGUCAGGAUCCGGCCGCUAUUGGUUUAUCAGACCAAGGGUCACUGGGUAUCUGAGCCGGUCCGCAGUGAGAAAGGAAGCGUUCAGUUCGUGUGCUGACCGAUUUCUGUCUUUUCCUAGAGAACUUCAACGGGAAAAAGUGUGGUCACGCAUCCACCUGGUCCCACUCCUAAUGGCCGAAGGAGAUCGGGACGCGUAUCGUCGCCAACAAGCAGCACUUGCUCGGGAACGGGAGAUCAUGAAAGAUGUGAAAGGCUGGGAGGCGGGAAAGAGUAUAUACAACAAUCCCAAGUAUUAUACACCAGAGAUUAUUGUUCUGUAGCCAGACAGCCGGGAACGAGUUGCCUAAUUGAGAACAUUAAUUUGCCGGCGCAAUCUGGCUGUCGAUCUGGAUUUAAAAGAAUAUUUUAUUUAAUUCUUUAUCCAGUAUUCACAAGGAAUCCAAGAUUCACGGCGAGUCAUCACGACUGUAUAUAACCCACAAAUGCGCCUUAUAUUCCCCCGCCUCCGUCCUUUCUGUUUUUCUCUUCUUCGCCCUCCCCAUCCUCCUCGUCGCCUUAUGCCAGUAACCACCAUGACCUCUGACUUUGCCUUCCCUCAUCCAGACGACCAGAUGCUCUUUGGUCCUCUCGACAUGGACGAGCCUGCUCCCAUGGUUUGGGACAAUUUCGAUCACGACAUGAAGCCCUCAACCUUUACAUUUCCUGUCAACUACGAAUACGCGUCUUCAUUUCAUCAACUAGAGUCACCCGCGAUGGAUUCUGGUGCCUUGUUUUCCACCGGCGAUGAAUCGAGUUCCCUGUUUAACAACUGGAUACACGAGCCAGAAUCUCUUCCAAUACCCUCUCCAGUCGGUGCAUUACCCAUCUCUAUCCCUCAAACCAAUCUUCACACCUCACCGUCGUUCUUUGCCUUCGGAGAACCCUCCCAUUUCCCCCAAGAUCACGGUCUUUCACCCAGCGAAUUUGCUGCUCUUCACCCACUCCCCCGCUCGACCUCUUCAUCAUUUGAUGAAGGUGGCCUUCCCAUCUACGAGAGGCAACGAACUGAUUCCAUCUCGUCUAUCACCUCCAUAUCACCUACCGAGAUGUCGGUUCAGACCCCAGAGUGGGUUUCCGGUCUUUUCGACACUCCUGCUAGCAGUGUUUCUGGACGCACACCUGCGUCCUCCUUCUCUCGUUCACCGAUACGAAAACAUUCUCCCCUGUCUUCUGAUCAUACCCAACGCGUUCGAAUACCCAAUUCACGUCCCUCUAUCACCUCAGUACACUCUUUCCAGUCUUCUAGCGCACCCAGCCACCUUCAAACCCGUUCAGCCUCCAGUAUGGCCAGUCGUCGUGCAGAAUCAGUCAGUUUCCACGACGAUCGCGAUGCAACUGUGCGUCGUCGGCGAAAGCUGUCCAACCCCGCACCCGAAGAUUCGCAAAACAUAGAAAAGUCAAAUGAUUCCGUCCCGCUCAAAUCGACAUUGCGCCCUCCUAAAUUAGCCCCCUCUGCGUGGCAGCUUUAUUUCACCGAUUGGAUCCAACGACAGCAAGCAUCAAAUACACGUAAGCUUAACGUUGCCCAAGCGGCGAAAGAGGCCGGUCAAGAGUACGCCUCCUUAAGUGCAGAAGAGAAAGAGCCCUAUAAACGGCGUUCUCAGGCGAUGAAGGAGACGAGGGAGAAAGAGCACGCUGCUUACAUGCGCACGCUUACGCCCGAAGAUAUCAAACGCGAGAACGCUUUCCGGUCUGCCCAAAGAAAGGCAGGAAAGUCGAGGAAGAGCAACAUCAAGGAUCCUAAUGCGCCGAAGAAACCGCUCAGCGCAUAUUUUAUGUUUCUGCAGCGGAUCAGAUCUGAUCCCCGUAUGGUCCAGGAGGUGUUCGGCGAUGAGACUGAAACUACUAAGCAGAGUGUACUGGCUGCGGCCAAGUGGCGUUCAAUGACGGAUGACGAACGCAAACCGUUCCUCGCUCAGGCCGAGCAUGAGAAGAUGGAAUAUGAGACGGCUAGGAGGCUGUACGAGGAAGGGACUACCGCGUAUGGGACAAGUAUUAGUUUCAGCAUAUUACCAGGUAGCCCGCUCUUCCCGAUUGUCAAAGUAGAGUCGGAGAGUGAGAGCGAAAUAGGGCCUCCAGUCGAUGGUUUCCCUCGACGCACAGUUUGA